UGUUCUCAAAAUAUAACCUUGGUAGCUCCAACAUUACCUGCACGAGGAAACUUUACUAUUUUAACAAAGAGGACUUGUGGAUGGUACAUCACAGCUCCUGAGAAUAACACUGUGUUUCUGGACCUUGUGUUGGCAAUCUCUUCACCACCCUCUUUAGGGGACAGUAUUGAGUUUUAUGAUGUCAAUGGUUCAAGUUUGACUCGUAUUCCAUUUCAUAUUCCCGAUCGUGGCCUUGAACGUUACCGGUAUGGGCUCCUCUAUUCUAAAUUUCAAUCUAUGUAUGUUGCGUUCAAGAGUGGUGGCAACACAGAUGAUGAGUUAUUUAUUGAGUACUCAUGUCUUCAGCCAGGUAAGAUUACUGGUUAUAAUAAUUAAUCAAAAAAUAUUAAUAUCAUUGUUAAAAUAAACAUAAUAAAUUUUUCGUUUCCACAUCAGAGAGAAAAUUCUGAGCUUUCAUUUCUGCAAGAGCCUUAGUGGAUUGAGUAGCUAGUGACCUAAUCACUUCUGAUCACUAGCUUUACAAGUGUUUCCGUUUGAGUUGUUGCAUGAAAACAUGGGGGUAGGGGGAGUGGAAGAGGAGUGGGAGAAGGUUAUUUUUUCUCUUUUGCUCUCGUUCCAGGUUAAGUGCAUUAACUCGAGCAGAAACACCUUCUACACUGCAGCGUGUAAAGAAAGUCGUGUCCAGUAGUCUGGGGCUAGUGGAUUUUGCAAUCAGGAUUGUGAUUUUUGUUCUUAACUUGCCCAAUGGGCAAGUGCUGUUUUUGGGGAAAAUUCAAAUUACAGAAGGAUUGUAAUAAUUCCUGCUAAUCAAAAAGGGUUUUGGGUCUAGUUGAAAUGACUUGUGGGCUAGCUAGUACAUGCUAGCUAGAGCUUUCCUGAAUGGCAGGCUAUAAAAUUGACUUUUUUGGCACCCUGCACAGGCUACCAGAUCACUAAAACGUUGAUGAGAUUAUAUUAGCCAUAAAAGUAAAGGAAAAUAGCAAGAAGAAGGGUGCUUACCAUUUACACAAACCAACCACAAUCGGCGACAAAAUGAGUUGAGACACUUCGCCCAAAACUGGGCUUUUUUACGUUUUAUUAACUUCAAAAGGAUGAAAUAUAGCUUUCCUCCCCCAUCCCCUCCGUGCAAUGUUGUGCCCUUGUUCUAGCUACCUAUAGAAAAUAACAAACACCCCAACUUUGAAUGGAGGGGACAGGGGAGGCGCGCGGAUUCUUUUGUUCUCCGAAGUUACCCUAGUUAAGUACAAUGUCUCAACAAUUUUGUCACUGAUUGUCUGAAUCUCAAAAGUGGCCGUACGUCCUUUAGAAAGUUAAUUGAAUUUAUUUCUUUAUGCUGUGAUGUAAGACCCCCGGUGGCUUUUUAUUUGUUGUGUUCGACUUCAUCAUACCUAUUUUAGAACAAUUAGAAUAACCGCUAAAGCAAUAAAAGUCACGCACUGUAAAGCACAGUGCGAAUUGGCACGGAACUGCAGCACGCUACACCGCGCAGCGCGUGCUAAAGAAUAAGAGAGGAAAUAGCUUCGCGUAGCUUUGUUUCUUUUUAGUGAAAAGAAUAGAAAACUUAAUAGAUUUCUAGGCAUUAAAGUAGUUAUAAUGGCUAAAAUUGCUCUUUAGGAGGAAUUUCCAUGAGUAACCACGAUGAGUAUAAAAGAAAAUUAAUCUGAUCAUCUUUUAAGAACAAAGUUGGUUACUCGUGGUUACUCGUGGCCAGUCUCCUCCUGACCUCAUAGUUUCUACUGUAAAGUACGUUCUUCAAAGAUCCUUAUGGGUAUAUGGGCAACGAAUCUGCUGCACAGAUUUAGCGAUGCUAUGCAGCUUUGCUGUGCGUUAGAAGUUGGAACAUUUUUCCUGAAAAUUCUCCUGCGCAUAGCAAUCGUGGCUAUUUUAUCGUCCAUCACACCCUUAUCAAAUAGCCAAACUUCGAAUAAACACUUUGAACUUACUAGGGAUAUAUUCCAAUACACUUAGUUACCAGAGGAAAAUCAACCAUUCGGUACGUGGGUAUGCUGCGUAAUUACUUGAAAACACUACCGAGUACAAAGAUUGUCAAAACUAAUUUUCCCUUGAAAAACACAAAAUGAGUUGAGACACUUCGCCCAAAACUGGGCUUUUUUACGUUUUAUUAACUUCAGAAGGAGGAAAUAUUGCUUUCGUCCCCCAUCCCCUCCGUGCAAUGUUGUGCCCUUGUUCUAGCUACCUAUAGAAAACAACAAACACCCCAACUUUGAGUGGAGGGGACAGGGGAGGGGCGCGGAUUCUUUUGUUCUCCGAAGUUACCCUAGUUAAGUACAAUGUCUCAACAAUUUUGUCGCCGAUUGCAGGUGGAGAUUCUGUGCAUUAUAAACAUAAAACUAUAGAAUUUGACUUGGUGGGAAGACGAACUGCUUCAAACUAUAUCCAAAUCAGUUGAGCAGACUACAAGGAGUAGAAAGUUACUUCAUCGCAAACCACAGCCCAUAUUUUCGGAAGCUUCCCAGGAACGGAAUGGCACAAACCAUUUGACUUUCCAACUGGAAUCUCCAGUUUUUCCAAGUAAAUUGUAAGCACCCUAGGACUCUUUUAUGUAGUAAGCAUUAUGACAAAGUGGUUCAAACACGACAUUGGGGUCUGGUUUCAAGCAUUGCCAUUGCCUUGCUCCCUUUAGGACAUGAAAAAAAGUCCUGGUCCCAGUUGUCUGAAGGCCGAUUAGCUCUAACCCAGGGUUGAAUUUUAAUCCGGGCUUCUUUUUCUUUUGUUUAAAAGCCUUUUUUCAGAUAAUUUUCCCUAUUCUUUUUAUAGCAUCCAAUCACCAAAUUGCAGACCGAAGGAAUUAAACUGAAUUUGCUUUUUAAGCUUUUAUAUCUGAAUUCAAAUUUCACACUAACCCUGGGUUAUCUUAACUCACUUUGAACAACUCAGUCCUGUCUGUUAGUCGGGCAGGACAAGUAGAUAUUCUUGUUGAGCAAGAGACGUUUAACCCUUUAAGCCCUAAGAGUGAUCAGCAUCAAAUUUCUCUUUGUAAUAUCACUGCUUUAUUAAACAGAGUGGUCAUGAGAAUUAAGGACAUGAUCACACAAGAUGAAUCUAAUAUUGAUGCCUCAACAAAUUCUCCCCACUACUUCUAUUGAAAACGUAUAAGGAUAACAAAGGAUAAUUUGAAUUUUGAUGUUAGGUUUUAAAGGGUUAAAGCUUUACAUGUACUUACCCAAUGGGCAAGGGUCCAGCAAGUCAUCCACUAACAAAUUCAUUUACCCUUCAAGCUCCAAUAUCCACAUAUAAUUUCUCCAUACUGAUCUUCAUACAUUUCUUUGAAGAAUUAGUUGAGAGACUUUGAUGACAGAUCAAAGCAUUUUCUCUAUAAUGAUCAUUUUAUUAACUCUCAUAACAAUUUCUCUUAAUGGCAACAUAUGGAUAUUGUUAGGAGAAAAUUCAUGUUGGUCACUAUUAGGGCUUAAAGGGUUAAUAUAACCAAGACGAGUAAGAAGUGGUGCCUGGCAGGCAAAAUGUGAGAGCCCCUUGCCCAAAGGACAUAUUCUCAAGUUUUUCCUAAAUCCUGCCCUUACUCUAUUGACCUUCUCUUUGGUCAGGUGUUACCAAUUUAUUGGUAACAAAUUGAAUAAAACACUGCUUUGCAGCGCGCCGUUAUACUCAGCUUAGUGGGCAAGAGAUCUGGGUUCGAUUACAUUCAGUGACAACACGGAAUAUGCAAUAAAUUGUCUGCCAAAAAGUAGAUGUGUCGGAACCUCUUCUCGUAAUCGACCACCUCGCCAGUCUCCUUUGCAGCCGUUUUUAGUGAACUUACGCAACAGGACAGGAGAGGAAAAAAGACGGCAAAUCUUGUGUGACAAGCGUGACAAUAAUUUUGUUUGAAACAACUUUUCGUCAAACUUCCCUUUCCUUUGCACAGAUUUUUUUGUUAAGGACCAGAAAACAUUGGUGUUAAGGUGGUAGUGAACGAUAACUCGCGUGACGCGCGUGUUUUGAAUUAGACAAACAAACAUGGUAGCGUAAAAAGCAAUGGAACACAGAAGACGAUUUCUCGAAAUCUACUCAUUAAGAUUUUGUGAUUUUUGGCAGAAUUUUUACUUUUAUCGUAUUUUAAGUAAUGAGAACUUUAGAAUGGAAGUUGAACAGACGAAUUUUGUGACAUAUUUAAUAAUUACAGUACAAUUAUAUUGAUUAUGUAAAAACACGUCAAAUAAGUUUCAAAUGGUAAUGAUUAAUUAUAGUAAGCUGGUGUGUGCAAGUUUAUAGGAAACUUUAAUGAGCGAAUUUUAUGUAAACUGAACAAAAGUGAAAUUUUUAGGUUGUAUUCAGUCGUUCAUGUUGCCAUGGAAACUACGAAAACGUCACAUAUUACCUGUCAAUGAAAAUCUUUCAUCAGUAUAUUUUUCACUUGCCAAGUUUCAGCUUGUCAGCUGCAACCUUUAUCUUGCCAUGAUUUGGCAAUUGACAUAAACUCACUAACCGCCAAAACUGUGUUCAGCCACCUUAAGUGAAGAUCACGACAAAACACGCAACAACCUCGUUCCCAGGUUCUCUCUCUUAUCUCUCGCUCCGUAGGGACGGGUAGGAGAGAACCCUGGGAACGAGGUUGAGCACGCAAGUAAUAGCCCUGUUACGCUUAUCACAAACAAGUGUUUUGCCCUCCUCUUCUUCCUGCCGUCCUGUGGCGUAAACUCACUCUUGUCUCGUCACCGCAAUUCUCCAAGAGCCCUAAAGCGAUCACUAAACUAUUUUGGGUGGUCGCUUACGGGAGAUUCUACUGUUUAUCUUUUCGCAGUUCGCUCUUGUUCCUUUGGAAACUCUUAUGAAGAAAACAUGGGUAUUUUACUCAAAGAUUCCUCUGGUACCAUCACUACGCCAGGAUUUCCACAGGGCUAUAACUAUAACCUGAUCGGUGAAUGUUCAUGGAAGAUUCUUGCACUUGCGGGAAAUGUGGUACGAGUUGAUUUUAUCUCCUUUAGCUUGGCCGACAGUGAUUAUGUUACAAUUGCGGAUGCUCUACCUGGGUGGAAUUUAGAUCAGUCGAUCAGACGUUCAGGUCAAAAAGCUUCGUUUACAGUUUUCUCCAUGGGUAACGAACUGAGCAUCAAUGUCUUUAGUCUUUAUGGUACAAGUGGCCCAGGAUUUGUUGCAAAUUUUAGAUCAGUUCCUACAGGUAAGAACCCUACUCAAUCAAAGGACCAUUGUCAAGGGUACAGUAUUAGUGAAACCUAUGUAGAAACUGACAUAUUUGCACGUUUGUCAGUGGAUAGCUACAUGUAUUAUCUGUAUGAUCAAACAAAUGGUUUCAGGUCGUUUCGCCCCAAGGUUAAUUCGCCCGAUAGCAGAUUGCCCAGAGAAAGUUGAUUCAUCCGAUGUGUAUUUGUGGUUCGUUGAGGCUGAAAAAAGGAAUAUGCGUGGAAAGACAGUGACUGCACAUGUGGCAUCCACGGUUAACUAAAAUAACAUAUCGGAGAACCAUCAUGUUGUAGAGUGUUGUAUGUCGUCGUGCGAAUCGACUUAAGUCCUGGCAAACGCCAUCGGGCAAAUCGACUUUCGGGCGCUUAAAGACCGCAAUUCAAGCAAAUAACGCAAAAAUUAUGUUCAUUAAAAAGUAAAGCAUGAGCUGAAGUGCCGUGAGUUUUCGGAAGAGCUGUUUAUAAUCGCGAAAGAGCUGUUUAUAAUCGCAUAUCUCAAUUCUUAGUCGAUAAUGACAUAUUAUUUAAACAUCAAUUCUGUUUUCGUCCUGGCUACUCUACUUCCCCCGCUUUGAUUAAUGCUGUGAACAAAGCUGCUAACGCCGUUGACUGCCAAAAAUAUUCAGCCGGAAUAUUUCUUGACUUAUCUAAAGCCUUUAAUACCCUGGAUCAUGAAAUACUACUAUCAAAAUUGGAAGCAUGUGGCAUCACUGGGACAGCCCAUCAAUGCCGGGAUAACUGACUAUUUUCGUAAGAGAAUGUAAUAUGUCUAAAUUGACGAUUCUAAAUCCGAUGCUUUAAGACAAAUUUGUGGCGUACCGCAAGGCUCUAUACUAGGGCCCCUCUAUUUAUUAUUUAUAUCAAUGUUCUCCCAGCCUGCUCUAGUUCUAAUGAACUCGAAUUUAUAUUAUUUGCUGAUGACACCAGUAUAUUUUUUGAAAAUAGUGACCUGGAUAUCCUCCCCUCCAUCUUAACGACCAACUCCACAAUGUUUCAACUUGGCUAAAAGCCAAUAAGUUAUCAAUCAAAGUUAAGAAAACAAAACUAAUGAUUUUCAGACCAAGGCAAAAAACGUUACCUAUCACAAGACAGGUGUUAAUUAUUAUAGAAAUAAUGUACUUGAACAAGUACAUAAUAUUAAGUUCCUCGGAGUUUAUAUUGAUCAGCACCUUACGCGGAAAACUCAUGUUAAUUUUAUUGCGGCUAAGAUUUCUAAAUCUGUCGGGUUACUUUAUAAAGCUAAAACUAUUUGCACUCAAAAUCUUUUCUUACACUAUACUGUGCGCUUAUUUAUCCAUAUCUUACCUACUGCAAUUUAAUUUGGGCCUCUUCUUAUGUCACCAACCUGCAACGAAUUUACCUACUCCAGAAAAGAGCAGUCCGGGCGAUCUCUAAGGCUGACUACAAGGCUUCAAGUAAACCUCGUUUUGCGAAUUUGAAAAUUCUUGAUGUUUUUAGUAUCUACUCGCUCCAAGUAAGUUCUUUCAUGUACCUAUAUCAUCAUGACGCUUUACCCAUUGCUUUUACCCAAAUCUUUCAAACUGGAAAUCAGAUUCAUCAAUAUUCAACAAGAUACUCUGAAUUUAACGACCCCACACCUGUAGAACAAAUAUUUAAAAAAAAUCCGAUCCUGUUUCAAGGUCCUAGAAUAUGGAAUUCAUUACCGAACAACAUCAAAAACGCCCCGACUUUUAAUAUAUUCAAGCGUGUGAUCAAACCAUUUUUAAGGGUCAGACAAGAUACGACCUAAAUAUCUUAACACCUUAUUUUUCUCUAAACACACUUAUAUACUUAAAAUACACGUCUUUUUUCUUUAUUUUUAAACUUGCGCCUAGCUGGGGGCAAAUCUCUAUUCCUCAUAAGCUCGGCUUCUCGGAGAUUUCCCCGCCACAGACACCCGUUCAAGUUGUAUGCUCAUUUUAAAUUUAAUAUUAAUUAACCUAUUUAUUACCGUUUUAUUCUACUUGUAAUUUAUUCUGUGUGGCAAAAUAGUAGAAUAAAAAUAAAUAAAGUGAUUAUAAGCAAUCUCUUUCCUAACGUUUCGAGCUUGGAAAUUCACCAGUGGAAUUACAAGUACAUUAGAACCGAGUUUGUAUAUGCUACAGGUAUUACAGGUAUUAUCUUCAAGGGUGUAAGCAUUGAUGAGCAGUUUGAUUACAUACCGUAUUUACUCGAAUAAUAGCCCUGGUGCUUAUUUAAAUUUUCUGCUAAAAGCGGGGGUGGGGGGGGAUGGGGGUGGGGAGGGAGGGACAGAGAGGACAAUGGAUACUCGUGAAUUAAUUUGUGUGUGUCUGGAGAGGGAUGCUCUCUUUAUGCAAGAGAUCGUGAAGCUUUACCCAUUCAGUAAUAGGGGGAGAAUGGCAUUGCUGGGAUCACUUUAAUGGUGAGCCGGGAUGCAAGGUUUUAUUGAAUUUUUCUCCAAACUAAGGGUGCGUUUCUUUGGGAGAUCUAUCUCAAAAUCCGGAUUCUUCAAUCCAGGAACGGAUUGCUUUUCUUUUCUAAAAUUAAGGUCUAAAGAAUCAGUGUUCCGAGCGGAUUCAAGUUUAAACCAGAUUUUUGCGAUUCGUGAUCUGUGCGUGAUAUUCGGCGCGGAUCCCAAAGAUGAACACCUAGUAAACUUUUGCAAUGCAAAAAUUGAUGCUGGACUUCAGGGUUCUCAUUAAGUGCUUGCAGCCGGUUAAAAAACCGGCUACUGGGAGGUUUGAGCCGUCUACUUUUUGGGAAAAAAAAAAGGGUUAAGUGAGAGUGAAAGCCUGAAAUUGCCACUGAUGUCCAGAAAUGCACGCAAUGGCAAAACUGAUGGCAAAAGAUGACCAGAGGGCUGGCGAUUCAAGUUACCAAGCCACCUGCUUUUACAUCAUAGCUGUCUACUUUAACACUUAAUGAGAACCCUGGGACUUUUGAUUUCUUUCGAAUGCGAAAAACAGAUCCGAGGAAAAUUUGAUGAAAAUUUUAAUCCUGUAUUGGAUUCUUGAAAUAUGUACUCAAUGAACAUCAUUGUGAGAAUCACUGCUACAUUGUGGGGCAGGUGUAGACAAUAAUUGUUUCUGAUACAUCUAGCUCCCGCUUGGCAUGGCGGCAUUUUACCGGCUUUCUGAGCUAACUAGGCGAAAGUCUAGUUCUUCUUUCUGUUUCUCUUUGUCAGACAAUGCUACACUCUCUCAAAAGCUUAGAGUUGCUUGACACAGAGUGGGCAUGAGCUGGAACAACCAGAAAUUGCUAACUAAAGUUAAUGAAACUUGCUUUAUAAAUUGCAAAAACAUGUUUGGAUUUUUUAUGUACAGUUAUAUCAGGAACUUGCGACCCAAAACAAGACAGCAUUGUUCAAGUGGAUGGUGACGGACUGACUUUCUCCACCCCUGGCUUCCCCUCAUUUCCAGGAAAGGGUACCUGCACUUGGAAUAUCACAGUACCAAUCGGGCAGUUUAUCAAGUUAACAUUUUGGAAAAAUUCUGGAGAAUGUAAAGAGAAUUAUGUAAACGUUUUCGAUGCGACAAAUUCUACUCGCAUAUCACUUGGAAAAUUCUGCAACAAAUACUUCGAGGAAGUUGUUUUCUCCAAGGGGGACAGUUUGCUUGUUGAGUAUAAUUCUCGGCGCAAGGCCUAUUACAAUGGAUUCUUAGCUACGUAUGAAACUAUCAAGGAGCGACCUGCAGACUAUUCUUGUUUAGGAGAAAAACGUUUUCUGGAAGACGAUCAGGGAGAAUUUGCCAGCUUUUCAUAUCCUCUCCAUUACCCUAAUAACGCCAAGUGUUCCUGGUAUAUUAAUCGCCCGGUUGGAUUUAUCAUUCAGUUAACAUUUUAUUCAUUUAAUCUACAACAAUCCAAAAACUGUGAAGGCGACUAUGUAGAAAUUAGGCAGAGCAAAGACAAUUAUGAAUGGCGUUCGGAGUUAAUUGGCAGAUUCUGUGGUUCUUCCCUUCCUCCAGUUAUUGUGUCCAAUCAAUCAAAUGUGUUCGUAAAAUUUGUUGCUGACAUGUCUAAAAUGUAUCCAGGAUUCCAUGCAAGCUACAAGGUCCUCGCUAACCGUAAGUAUUACUCACAUCUAUCCUCUCAUUGGUUAAGAGCCUACAGUAAAUUUUGGAAAUAUGCACAACCUACUGAUUAGUUGAUUAUCUGCUAGAAGAUAACUGACUAAUCUGUAGGUUGCACUCGCAGUGCAUAAUUUCCAAGUGCAAUGUCAAAUCGGUCCCGUGCGACGGUGUAUUUGUCGUUAUUUAUUUCCAAACAAUGUAUAAUAAAACAAUUAUUGGAUUCAGUUUUUGUAAUAUCCGGAAUAAUCAAGGUCUCGGUAAUGUUAUCAGCCUGGCCUUCGGCUCGGCUGAUAAAACCUAUGUUGACCUUGAUUAUUCCGGAUAUCACAAAAACCUCAUCCAAUAAUUGUUUAGUAUUACGCUGUAGAAAGAACUAAAUAAGAUAGAAUAAAAUAUACGACUAAAAGUAAUAACCUCUAACACAUCAUGCUUUAAGACUACAGUAUUGUCUAAAGGAGUAUUGGUCGACGGGAUCUAAUGCUUACUGCUAAGAGUUUACAGCUGACCGUAAGUAGAUGGAUACCGUGAGAGACCACAAAAAAUAAUAUCAACACUGCCGGAUAAUGUUACAUUAUUCGUACGACAAGUCGUGAACACAAACAACGUUUCGCGUGCUUUGUUAGCCAGUUUUGCCGCGAACGAAAUUUGUCAUUGAAAAAUUGCGCAAAUUUGCGUCUGUACACGAAAAAACGAUCAACUGAAAAUUGUCGCGUUAAACCGCUUAUAUGUGUAGACGCAGCAUGUGUACAAUCGCCCCAACCCCUCAGAAAAAUCGGAGUAUGAAUGUAUAAGAGCUAGUGUGAACAGAGCCUAAUGAAUUCUACUGUCAUUCAAUUUUCAGCGGCCAUGGGAGCGUGCAAAAAUCCAGGUCAAAACAACAUCAUACCCCUGACGAGUUCAUCAGGAAGCCUCUUCUCGCCGCUCUACCCGGAGGACUACCCGACUAAGAUCAUGUGUACUUGGGUGAUAACAGUACCCGAGGGAUACCUUGUGAGAUUGAGAAUCAAGGCAUUUCGCCUGGGUUACAGUUGUGGCAGUUCUUCUCUUAAGAUCUUUGAUGGUAAAAGUUCAUCAAGCAACUUAUUGAAGAAGUUUUGUGGGAAAGACUACAACUUAAAUGUUUUCUCCAGUGGCCGUCACCUUUUGGUUCAAUAUGAUUCACGCCAGGAGUAUUUGGUUGGCGACGUUUUUUUCGAUGCUGUGUUUGAGGCUGUUGAUCGUGGUAAGGUUUCAAGAGUGUUAUAGAAUGCUAGCGGUUACUCAGGUUUGUUGCGCGGGCAAGUGAAUCAAGCGAGCAAACGUCGUAAAAAAAGGGGGGAAAAAGAAAAGAAAAGAAAAGAAUUCCAACCAACCUUUCCCCUACUCAGCUUUCCUUUCGGUUCGUUCAGUUUCUCUCGCCAUUCAUUUGGCAUUCUCAAACUCAUUAAAUAUUCAUGAAGUCAAAAGCCAAUAAAUGACGACCAUUUGGGUUAGGUGAAUGAAUCUUGAUACCUAAUGAAACACCAGAUAAAACACCACCAGCUUUCCAUCCGAAAAUUUUUUUAAUCUGAGGUCAAACAUCUGCAUUUGCAUUUGCAUGUCAAAAACUCGGGCGUCGUGCUUCAUCACCGGUGAUGAAGCACUUGUCCUAGUUUUAAUACAUAUUACUUCACGACUGCCUGAAAAGGGACUGCUAGCAGUCUAAGGCUGGCUGUAAGCUUCUGUUAUGUAGAUACGUCUUGGUCCCUAUAAUUAACUUAAAACUUGGAAAAGAACGUAACUGAGCAAACAGGAUUAUUUCCCUAAAGCCAUGAGCUCGGCAAAAUCUGAUCUCCUCUUAGUUUGACCCUAGGUGGAUAAAAGCGGUCACUGAUUCGAAGACCGUUUUUGGCCAAAACGGUCAUAGGUUUGACCCACAUUUGUUUCGAACGAUUAAAGUUGUGGCUUGGCACCUGUUGGGCCCAAAACACUCACGGUUUUCGCUCGUUCCAUUUUGAUGCGCCAAGCCUACUUCCCUGCAUGAUAUUGAGAAACUUAAAGCAACGAUGACCGCGACGGCAACGAGAACGGCAAAAAUGUAAUAGGUUAUAUUUGCAAAACAACAACACUAUGCAUGUGCUUUACACUUUUUUUGUACAUUUCUUAGCCUAAUUUCACGUUUUGUCGAGGACGGGAACACAAGACAACAACUUUCUUUUUCUUUUCUUGAACUUUGAAACAGUCCUCUAGAAUCAACUCCAAAACACUUGGCCAACAUUUGAAGAAUCAAACGAGAUGCUUGGAAUAAGCGCGAUAAAGUUUGAGGCAGCGCGAAUUCACUUUUUAAGUGACGUUUUCGUAGUCGUCGCCGUCGUUGUUGUUUAAGCUUCCUCUUCUUGACUUGAACACAUAGCUUCUUAUAUUGUACAUCUGAAUCCACGAGUGGGAAAGAUGAAGUAAAUCUUUCGGCCGGCUCAUCCUGCCCGCUUGGGAUUUCCCAAGUUGGUUCCUCAAUUAAAAAAUUCUUUAUUUACCAGGCAUGUUCUACCCUGGGUACCAGAGGUUUCCUGCUUGUGUGAGGGGAAAUGCUUUGGUGUCUGCGCGAGCGGAACCCAUGAGCGGCGAAGCCUGGGUCAUUCUUAAGACUUGACCAAACCCCUAAAAUCGUGCAGAAAAAGUCUCUGAAACCCAAGGUUAGCUAGUUCGUUCAAGGUUGCUGGUUAUUGGCCUCGUUCUUCUUCGUUGCCUUUUAUUUAGCUCCACUUCUCGGUGCGUAAAAAUGCAAAAACGAACUUGGCCAAUAUCCAGUCAUCUUGGUCAAUAACGAAUGUUCGUUGGGAAGGAACGCGACAGGAAGCCCUAGGAACGUCUGUGUGGGAGCUUACAAAGUAACUGAUCAUUUGAUACCAUUUUAUUUUUUAAUUUUUAGUACCAGCUUCGAUUUCCUGUACUGAACGCUUCGACAUUACCAGGUUAGAGACGAAAACUGGGGAACUUGCAAGCUACAACUAUCCUCUACCUUACGAUGACGAUGUCAAGUGCAUCUGGCUCAUCAUUGUGGAUUCUAAUUACGAAAUAACACUAUCCUUUGAUUACUUCAAUCUGUCUCGAUCCAGUGACUGUUCUGAUGAUUAUGUAGAAGUCCGUGAUGGCCAGUUUGAUUCGAGUGAACUAGUUGGAAAGUUUUGUGGAGCAUAUAUACCUGAAUCGAUAACAUCAGAUUCCUGGGAUAUGCGUUUGACAUUCAAAUCCAGUGGAAAGACAAAGUAUCCUGGAUUUAAAGCCAGCUACAAGACGAAAAGUAAGUUUGUAAUGGUACUUUUCUAUUGAACAGCAACCUACCCGACGGGUGUGUACACGAAUGGGACAAAAUUCUAAAUUGUAAUUUGUUUACCCACGGCGCACUUAGGAGUUCAUGAGAACUCGUUGAAACGUGUCCGCGAGUUCUAGAUCGAAUUGGAAUUGGAAUUUGUAAGUGUUGGUUUUUAAGGAGAGGGGAAAACCGGAGUACCAGGAGAAAAACCUCUCGGCGCAAGGGAGAGAACCAACAACAAACUCAACCCACAUAUGGCGUCGACGCCGGGAUUUGAACCCGGGCCACAUUGGUGGGAGGCGAGUGCUCUCACCACUACGCCACCUUUGCUCCCUUACAUAGUAUACAGGGAACACCCUCGGGACUGGGGCAAGUGUCCCCUCAUUUGAGGUGUCCCCCUGAGUAGAGGUUGGUUUGUGUUUGUUAAUAAUUAAUCAGACAAAGAAAAUAUGCUGCAUUCAUUAUUUAAAGCAGCAAGAUAAUAAGUGAAAAUCACGAUUAACCGCUCCAUGCAAUAUGGUGUGUUGAGUUCCCACAAGUGCACUACACAAAUUUGAGUGUGAUAGCUCAUGCUGUGAAAGCUGUCAUCAUAAUUGUGAUAAGUGUGCAAGUAAACUUAUCUACCCACUUUGUGUUCAGUUACGUUUGGAGAGCAAAAGUGUCCCCUGAAUGGUAGAGUUCCCACUCGUGUAAAAAGUUAGAGGUCCCAGGAAAUUGAAGGUCCUUUUUGCUUUAAAGGGUCCCAAGACCUACGUUGUGUGUAUGUGAUUACAAGAGUUGGAGGGCCUAAUUCGCGGUCUACAAUUUCUUCCUUUGCCACAAACAGAGCCGUUCUUACUAAAGGCGUUAAAAGCCUUACCUGAUUUUUCUUCCACAUGAACUUUUCGUCAGAUCUUCUUUGUUGAUUUGCACAGUUGUGGUAUGUUCAUUUCCCAAUUGAUGGCGAUCUAAGACUGAUCGCUGAAAAUUAGUUGCACCAUGUGCAAAGGAUUGAGAUGGUUUUCCCAAACAUCCGUUUGCAUCUACACAUGUCUUGCAUUUCAUGUGGUCAUCGGUGGAAAUAUGCAUUAACCAUGAAAAUUCUUCAAGCCAUUUGGACUUAAAGACACCCUUUUAGGGUCAGGAAAACUGCUGAGGAUCUACGUCGGUUUCUUUUUCUCUGCGCGAUAGAGGACGUUUGUGUUGGUUCCUCCUCGCGAGCUGAAAAACGUUAAAUAGUGUUCGGGGGACAUAUUCCCCAAUUAGACAAAAUGGCGAGUUCAUGAAACACGUGGGGAUUUCCAAGAUUGUUGCAAAGAUGUCCUUGUGUGUCUCUGAAACAGCACCCUGUUAUGUCACAGAAUAAUCUUAGCAGCACCUCAACAAAAUUUGCUAAAAUUGUGUUUUUGGCGUAAGAUAAGAGCUGGUAACAGAUAAUGUAAACUGUUGUGAUAGCAUCGCUCAAUAUAGCUUGAUCUAACACCCGCUGAAAUAGUGUGCACUUCAGAUAGCGUAACGUGGCGUUGUUUAUUUUCAUCCGGCACUUUUUACUGAGGUACAGUUUUCUGUAUUUCUGUUUAGUGUCCACAGGAGCCAUUUUGAAAAUUGUCGGAUAUUGUGUUGGUGGACUUGCUUUAACAAUUGCUUUGAUUGGAGGCUGUUUCAAGUGUUACCUUAUGCAUAAAGCAAGUAAAGCUGUUUUGGAAGAACUGCGAGACGACGGAGAUGAGGAUUUCCCCCUACAAGAGCAAGCUACUAAACUCUAG